AUAAUCCUCAGUGCGCAAGCGCGCGACAUCUCCGUUUCCCUCCCCUCAGCCCCUUCGCACCCCCGGCCUUUCCCCUUCAAGAAGCCGGCUGCAGGGCACGCUCACCCCUGUGAGGAGGCUAGAGGCCGGACUCGAGAGGCGCUCUCUACACUCCCGGAAGAUCAUGUACCAGCCCAGCCGGGGGGUGACCCUGCGUCUCGGCCACUGCCUCCGCGCCUACCAGGCUCGCCCCCAGGACCAGCUUUCUCCACGGCCUCUACCAUUCCCACCCCAUUGGCUCCACUCCACAACUUCUCCAUCUUCUCCUUUUAUCUGGUCCCUCCCACUUCCAUGCCUUCCUACCCGGCUGCUUCCCCGAGCCCCCCCAUUACCUCUUCCGGAGGUCCAGGCCCUCAACUCACCAUGGGUGGUUCUCCCUCCAGGAAAGGGGGAGGAGGGACCAGGACCUGAGUUGCAUAGUGGCUGCCUGGAUGGGCUUAGGAGCCUAUUUGAGGGACCACCCUGCCCCUAUUCUGGGGCUUUGAUGCCUUUCCAAGCCCCUGGUACUGCCUGCCCUUCCCCUGCCACUCCAUCAAGAGAUCCAAGUAUGGAAGAGCACCUGGCUGUCAUGUAUGAGAGACUGAGACCGGAGCUUCCCAAUCUCUUCCUUCACUCCCAUGACUACACACUCUAUUCGUCGGAUGUGGAAUUCAUCAAUGAGAUCCUGAACGUGCAUACCAAGGGUCGGACAUGGUACAUUAUAUCACUGACCUUCUGCCGUUUCCUGGCCUGGAACUAUUUUGCACAACUUAAGUUGGAGGUUCUACAGCUGACCCGCCACCCAGAGAAUUGGACCCUGCAAGCCCGCUGGCGGCUGGUGGGGCUGCCCAUACACAUGCUCUUUCUGCGUUUCUACAAACGUGACAAGGAAGAGCUUUACCGGACCUAUGAUGCCUAUUCUACCUUCUACCUGAAUUCCAAUGGGCUCAUUUGUCGCCAUCGCCUAGACAAACUGAUGCCUUCACACUCACCGCCAACACCUGUGAAGAAGCUGCUAGUAGGAGCCCUAGUAGCUCUGGGGCUGUCAGAACCAGAACCCAGCUUACACUUACGUUCUGAGACCUGAUCCAGAACUGGAGUGGAGGCAGCACUGAAGACUUUGCUAUACACAACAGGAAGCUGUGGGGGCAGCCAAGAAACUCAGGAGCUGGCUUCCUCCCCUCUUCACUCUCUUCCUACCUUCCUUGCCAUCUCAUGCUGUGUAAAGCUGCUGUGUAAUUUAACUGUAAAUAAUAAAUCUAAGUGAAUAUAUGAA